AUGCAUAACACAUACCAAAUUUGCCUUCUGGGCUUCCUGGGCUUGAUCACUUUCAUUCGGGGAAAUGUUAUUGUAUAUACACAGGAUCUUCCACAUAAGAUAACGGAAGAAUUCCUCGAUGUGCCAGCUAGUUUUGGUCCUGAACUGACCCUAGAGGGACUGCGAGGCUUCCUCGUUACAGGGGAGCCCGAAGAUGGAUGUACGAUUCUCAAAAAGCCUCCCGUCGAUCCCGAAAAUUUUACAGGGAAAUGGGUCGUUUUACUUGCCAGGUAUAACUGUAGUUUUGAAAAAAAAAUACGGAACGCUCAAGCAGCAGGCUUUGACUGCGCCAUCGUCCACAAUGUCAAUUCAAGCGAAUUGGAGACGAUGUACGCGAAUAACAGUGAUGGGAUAACGAUCCCGUCGGUGUUCGUCAGCGACAUCAGCGGGAUAAUACUUUCCGAAGAGUACGUCUAUACGAAUGGUUAUUAUAUAAUGGUGAACGGUGACGUGCCGUUCAACAUCAACACGCACUUACUGCUGCCCUUCGCAGUUGUCGUAGUGCUGUGCCUCGUCGUCAUACUUAUAUUCAUGAUAGUGAAAUGUAUAAAGGACCGUCGUCGCGCGCGGCGCCACAGGCUCCCAAACCGUGCGCUGCGCAAGAUCCCCACGUGCAAGUUCAGCAAGGGCGACCCCUACGACACCUGCGCCAUCUGCCUCGACGACUACCAAGAGGGAGAACGGCUGCGUGUCCUUCCGUGUGCACACGCGUACCACGCGGCGUGCGUAGACCCGUGGCUGACGCAGAACCGCCGCGUGUGCCCCGUGUGCAAGCGCCGCGUGCUGGCGGCCGGCGAGCGCGCGCCCUCCGACCUCGACUCCGACACCGAGCCGCUCGUCGGCGCGCCGCGCUCGCCGCGCACCGCGGGCGGCACGUUCGAGGAGCAACGGGUGAACCCCUUCGUGCGAGCAGUGCGUCUUAUAGAGCGCGCGCGCGCGCGCCGGCAUGCCACCCCUGACCCGGAGGUAGCGGAACCAUCUGAAGAAAACGAUCAAGAGGAAAAUGAGUCGGUGCAGGACACGGCGCCGCUGGUGCGCGGCGCGGGCGGGGGCGGGGGCGGCGGCCGGCGCGCGCGCCGCUCGCGCUCCGCCCCGCGGGUACGCCGGCAGCCGCGCGCCGCCCGCGCCGCCCGCGCUGACGCCUCCAUCAACGCGACCGACGCUGAAGGCGAGAUCGGUGUGGCCGCGCUACCUGCGCCCGCGCAGUCCGCGCCUCACGUUGACUUA